AUGGACGUAUUCGAUAAAUACUAUUGUACGUAUCGUACAAUGAUGAAAAUUGUAGGAUUGUGGCCGUAUAAUAAUUCAAUAUAUGUAUGGAUUCAGAGAUUAUUGUUACUGAUAUUUCUUCUUGGUAAUAUAAUAUUUCAGCUUGUGUCACUAUUAAGUUCUGAAAUUAUGUUACGAAACUAUAUUUUAAUAUUGUCUACGACUUUUCCACUUAUUAUAAUUUUGUUAAGAUAUAUAAGCUUCAUAGUAUUUUUUCCUAUGAUAAAACUUUUAUUUCAUCAUAUGCGUAUGGAAGAAAAUAUAGUACAAGAUUCCACAGAAAUAGAAAUACGAAAAAAAUAUAUCAACGAUUCCUGUCAUAUAAUCAAUAUUUUUAUCUGGAUGAUUUAUGGAACUGCUACACUUUCUAGUAUAUUUAUAUUGUAUCCUAUGACAUUAGAUUUCAUAAUGCCUUUAAACAAAUCUCAUAUACGUAUCAUUCAUUACGUUACAAUAUUUUCUUACAAUCGAAUCAUAUAUUUUGAUAUUCUAAGCUUGAAUUUUAUGUUUGCUGGAAUAUUUGGAUCAUUAUCUAUAACAUGUACGGAAUCGAUAUUUGGACUUUACAGUUUUCACACAAGUAUAUUGUUUAAAAUUAUUAGUUAUCGAAUACAAAAAAUUGUUAUGUAUUUGACUAUAUUUAAUCUCUCAUCGAAACAAAUUGAUACGAAACUCACAGAGCUUUAUCGCGUAGUGGAUAUUCAUAAUCAAGCUAUCAAGUUGCUUGUAAAUGCGAUUAUUGCUAAGAAGGAUCAAUUAGAAAUUUUUAUUUCUUCUGUGUUUUUAAUAAUACAAUUGAUGAUUAUCUUUUUAUAUAAUUAUAGUAAUCAAAUACUUAUAAACAAUAGUCAGGAAUUGUUUGAUGAAUUAUAUAUUUCUGUAUGGUAUUUUGUACCGUUAAAAGUACAAAAAAUUUUAUUGCUGAUCAUGAUACGUAGCACAACAGCAUGUAUGUUUCAUAUCUUAGGCGUGUUCAUUCCAUGCUAUAUAGGAUUUUCAAAGAUAUUAAAUACAUCGUUUUCAUAUUUUACUAUGAUAUAUUCAAUACAAUAG